CAAGUUCCUAGGGCUAGAGUGUACACUACAGUUUUGAUUGUUUAGCAAGAACGUCGUAUAGUCGUCAAAUCGCCAUUCUUGAAUUCGCCAUUCUAGGUCUGCCGCUUGAAGCUACGGGGAAGAGCAGGCCGCCGCCGCCCAGCCUAGGAGUGAGAUGAGCAGCCGGCGCGGCCCGCCGAAGCACCAAAACGAAUAUGCUUGGAAGCCUAAAGCAGGCAUCAAGAUCAACGAAACGGAAGUCGGCGGCAGGUUCAGGCCCUUACCGGCGAUUUGCGGAGUGUGCCAACGAUGUAAAGAUCAGAUCGAUUGGAAGCGCCGCUACGGCAAGUACAAGCCUCUUACCGAGCCGUCAAAAUGCCAACAUUGCACCAAACGUGCAGUCCGUCAUGCCUACCAUAACUUAUGUUCAGGAUGUGCCAAGGAGCAAAAGGUUUGCGCAAAGUGCCAGUGCCGAGUGGACCAGAUAGUUGGAAGGGAUUCUGAAGUUGCCGAGGCUGAGCAGAAGAUGCUCGAGGAGGCCAUUAAGAAUGCCCGGGAGAGAGAUAGGAGGACCCUCCUGCGCUCGGUGAGUUUCUUGGUGAAGACCUGCCAUUAAUUCAGCAUCUUAUCGUCUUGCUAUGUUGCUUGAAUGAUCUGGGGGAUUCUGUUGUUAGUGCCUAAUGAAUUUGACCUGCAAGUGAAACGGAUCAGAGAGUAGUGAAGAGUUGUCCUGCUGUUUUCUGUUGAUUUAGUAUUUUAACUGGAAGUGUGGGCUUCGAUUUCUCUGCUCUUGUUAUGCGCCUAACUGCUGACUUGGCAUAUGCAUUAGAGGAUUGUGAACAAAGAACUGACAACUGAUAUUGCUCAUCUCUUGAUUGGUUUUUUGAUGUUGUGUACUUAUGCUACUCAAUCUCUGUCCAUGGCAGCCUUCGAGAUUUUGUGUUCCUUGUAGAAAAUGCUCAAGUACUCAUCCUUUUCUUAACUUGGUCAUUUAUUAUAUCCUUGUUAGAACAGAGGCCUUCCUGCUAUUGAACUUAUACUGCACUCUUCAUGUCCUACCUGGUCUUUCUUAUUUCUGUGAUUCUGUCCGGCCUUGCAUCCUGUUGGGUGUGUGGUGCACAUGUUUGACCGCUUGUAAUGAUUGCAUCAGAUGGGCAAAGCUAAAACCAAGACUUCAGCAAUGCCACCAACCACAGAAGGGAAUAAAGCGGGGGAUCUGUUUCCUACUGUAUCACUGGAAGGAUAUGCUGCUAAAAUCUCCGCUCUUCGUAUAAGUGACACUAAUAAUAAGGACCUCGAUGAAGGAGAAGAAGACCACGACUGUGAUGAACAAGACGGAACAAAAGAUGAGGAUGAAGAUGAAGAAGGAGAGGGGGAUGAUAGCGAGGAAGAGAAUGGUGAAUUGGAAAGUGGGAAUGGAGCUGAACAAGCACAUCAACAUCAUUAGGAUUGGUAGAGCUAUAAAAGCACUCGAAGAUGGAAAUGUGUCACCUCCUAGAAUGUUUCAAAAGAAUGCUACUACAAUUCAUGUAUGAGGAAGCAAUUUUGGUUUGAGAUCUCACUUUUCUAUACUAAUGUUUUUCUAUUGAUCAAAGUAUGGCUUGCAUUCAUUCCUGAGUUGCCUGCUCAUUUCC